UGAGAAUCCAAAGUCUGGCAUGAAAAAACUUGUUUUGAUUCUAGCAGACGACAGGAGGGAGCAGAAGACCAGCUGAGAGCAGAUCAGCCCACCAGCAGAAGCGACCUGUUGACCCCUGGGCAAUGGCAGCUGGUGGAGAGAAAUUUUAUGUAGCCACCGGCGGAGUCAGGGGCCAGGUGGUGGCUGCCGCCAUGAUCAGUCCGGAAGAGAAAAGCCCGAGUCAGAAGUGGAUGCUGGAGACGUCCCCCUCGGGGUCCUUCCUUCAAGAAGACAUUCCCCAUAGAAUUCGGAGGAAGGCGGGACCUCUCACCGAGCUGGGAGCCUUUCAGAUCGUGAACGCCUUGCUCCACAUCAUCCUAGGGAGUUACCUGGUGACUGCUGUGAAAAAUAUCCACCUGGUGGCGAUGAAGUCUUGGUACCCGUUUUGGGGAGCGUUCUUUUUCCUCUGUUCAGGAGCCUUGUUGAUAAUCAUGGACGCAGGAAGCAACAUGAAGCUGAAGCCUCUGACCACAGUUAUGAGCAUCAUUAACUGCUUCUGCGCACUGUGUGGGAUCUGUGUUUUCUUUAAGGAUUUAUUUUGGGAGUGUCCUUUUGAAGCCCCAGUCUGGAGACCUUAUCCCACCUCCACGGUGCACCUGCAGAGGCUUGAGUUGGCGUUGCUGAUCUUCUCUAGCCUGGAAUUCUUUGCAUUCAUCUGUGCCAUGAUUUUAUUGUGCAAGACCGAGCUGUCAUCACAGGUGAUGGAUGGCAUCUCGGUGGGCCCAUUGCCUCUGGAGAGCACUGUUGACCCAAUCACUCCUCCUCCAACUUACGAAGAGGUGAUUAACGAUGGCAAGAAGGAAAAGGCUGAACCCUGACAAAGCACAGACCAGAGGCUCUCCUCACUAUGGCCUCAGUCCUCUUUGUGCUUGUCACUGAAGAAGCCUCACCUGAAUUAAGGAGGAGGCAAGAAGGCACACGAGACUAUGGACAGGGGGGGUAACUAGGAAUUUCUGUACCUGAGUAUAAGCUCCAAGAACUGGACCCUGG